AUGUGUGGUGUAGAUUUAUCGAUGACCGAUAACAGCAACAGCAGGAUGGCAGGGACAAUCGAGUACCGGCCCUUUGCUGAUGAGGCUGAGCUCGGACGGCUGACCGAGCUCAUUGAGCACGAUCUGUCAGAGCCCUACAGUGCCUUUACUUACCUCUAUUUCAUUCGCAACUGGCCCCAGCUUUGCCAUUUGGCCUAUGAUGGUGAUCGCAUGGUUGGUGUCGUCAUCUGUCGCUUAACCCACCACAAAAGCGGGACCUUGCGUGGCUACAUUGGCAUGCUUGCCGUGGACAAGGACUAUCGCAAGCGGGGCAUAGGCUCUGCCCUGACGCGGCAAGCCCUGGAGACAAUGCGAAACAUGGAAGCUGAUGAGAUUGUGCUGGAGACGGAAAUUGUAAACAGCGGUGCCAUUCGCCUUUACGAAUCCCUAGGUUUUGUCCGAGACAAGUUUUUAAACCGCUACUACCUAGGUGGCCAGGAUGCCCUUCGUCUCAAGCUGUGGCUCAAGUAG